AUGUUUGGUUUAACAAAGGUAAGUGUGGUACAGUGUAACCUGCAACACAGCAGGGCGGCAACGGCUACAUUAUGCCGCCGCCUUGAUGUGGAGCAGGGUACACUGGCACUAAUACAAGAACCCUGGGUUGUCAAAUCCAGGAUAUCAGGUUUAAAUAAACUAACUGGGCGUAUUUUCAGCACACCCAACACAUACAGGCCGAGAACGGCUAUAUACACUCCUCGCCAUAUCAAAACCCAACCACUACAACACCUUUCAACAUCUGAUCUGACCGCCGUGGAAGUGGAAUGUGUAGUCAAGGGCAAACUAACUGUUGUUGUCAUCGCAUUAGUUUACCUCCCUGAGAGUUCGGCAACCCCACCACCAACAAGGGAGAUGGAGGAACUGGUGGCACACUGUCGCACCCAGAAAUGGGAACUUAUCAUAGCUUGUGAUACAAAUUCACACCAUGUAUCUUGGGGCAGUGAAGACAACAACACAAGGGGUAAGUCUUUAUAUGACUAUAUUAACGUUAACAACCUUUGUAUAAGUAGUAGAGGCUGUGUACCGACAUUUGUUAACUCAAGAAGUCAAACAUUAAUAGAUGUCACGUUGACUACGGCGCGUAUAUUAAUGUAA